ACGGUAAAUGGUAAGAUGGAGAACUGCGGAGGCGGCCAACGCCUGCCCCCGGACGGGGACGAAUUUCCAGCAGCAUAUCAAGAAUUUAGCAACAGUCAGCCACCGUACAGAUACAUCGCCGCGACAAGGACGACGGCGACGAUAGCCACAAAUGGAGGAUUGUGCAACGAGAAUGAGACGUUUCGUGCCGGCGAGGCAUAGAUGCUCGCGAACGACAGCAAUGUUGUCGGUUCGAGGAGCAUUAUUCUGCCCGAUAACAAGAUGACGUUGACGAAUCCGGAAAACGUGACGCAAGUAAGCAAAGCUGCUUCGACGACAGAGCAUAUCCGACAGGAUAUAGAAACCAAGACUACUUCGACUAAUGAUAACAAUGCCUGUCAGGAUAAAACGAAGGAUUGCGAGGUUUCUAAUGAAGAGACAAAAGCAUUCUUUCACACUUCGGAAGAUACCGCGAAGAGAAACGCUUCUGUCGUCGCGGGAAGCUCUCUUUAUUCUUGCCAAACGACCAACUCAACGAUUAGCGAGAAGAAGACGGAGAUCGCCGGAUAUUAUCACAAGGACGCGAUGACGAUCGAGGAGAUGCCAAGCCACGUGGAAAAGGACACGCCCGUCGAUACCCCUCCGCCUCUACCGUUGACAGGUCCACCUAAGAUGGAGCAAAUGGCAUUGCAUGCCAAAAACGUUUCUACGAUGGAGUCGCCGCAUAGAAAGUUUUCUCUGAACGGCGAUCUCUGGAGGCAGGAUGACAAGUCCGAGCGAUCCGUCCGAGACAAAAUCGCCAUGUUUUCGUCGCAAAGCAACCUCGACGCGCCCUUGUUCCCCAAUGUCAUGUCAGCCGCGGUAAUCACGAGUAACGGCAAACGUUUAUCCAAGUACAAGUCCUCUGAAGGUUGUUGCGACGACAAGAGCAACGGACAGAAGGAUCGGUCGACUUUCCUCGUUGACAGAACACAGAGCUCUUUCGAUCUCACCGAUUCGGCCAGAGCAUCGUCAUCAGGGCAAGAUUCCACGAAGAAAUAUGGUCAGAGAACUAGUUUGCCUGCUCAGCCUACUCUAUUAAGUCCUGCUACGCAAACUACGCGCGUUCCAAAGACGCUGCCAAUCGUUCCGCCGAAAGUUACAUCACUGUCCAGUACGUUAUCGCCUUCGUACGAUAAGCAGAUUUUUUCAAAUACAACGACGAAGAACUAUUGUGCCGAAAGUAGCGAUUUGUCGAACGCCGCGUACCCAAGUGUCAGUAAAACUGUCGGUUCUUAUAACAAUGCUAACAAUUCGAUGAAGACGAGCACGCCUUUAUUGACGCGAGCUACCAGUUUCUCAGGCUCGACCUUCUUUGUGCAAGAUCGAAAUUCUCUUACAGCCGAUUCGACUGGUAAUUCGCAUUCGAGAACAACUUCCCUGGCAUCUACGUUUAGACGACCCGGAGAAGACGUGAGAAGAAACAGCUUGAAUCAGCUGAUCGAACAGAGGCGGAAAUCGAUAUCGAAACUACGCGGUCUGGUUAUACCAGAGAAAGACACCGUGUCGAUAGAUCAACCUAUCGUCGAUCUACCGGAAAUUAAAUCACGCGAUUCGAUAUUACAUCAGAUACCAAAGGCAAACAUUCAAGACAAGUGGGGAUCUCAAAGUUCCUUGACCAGCAACGCCAGCACGACGAGUCAGCCCUUGAAAGCGACAGCAUUUAAAAUGCCGGCGCCACAGAUACACUCUAAGUAUUCCCCGGCUUUCAAGAGAAAAUCUCUCACGGUAUACGGUACAUCUGUGACGAAUUCUUCCGCGAUAAACGGCAAUAGUCCAAUCAAAAGUUCCCCGUCAAACGCGUCCACGUUUUCGGAGCCACCGAAAAGUCUGGAGAGCAUCUGCAGCCCGACGAGAAGUGAUUAUAGUUUCGAAUUCGCUUCGACAACCAGCUCACCGGAUGGUUCGCGUAACAGGCCAAGGACGGUUCAGAGGAAGGCUCGCUUGGACUACGACGAUUCCGACAACGAUUCGGCCGUGAGCAGCUCUCAAAGUAGUAUAUCUCGGGGCUUUAGUCCGCCGAUGUCUCCGGCACCAUCGGAGAGAUCCACUAUCUCCUCGGAGAGAUCUUACAUCUCCACAGAACUGAAUUAUCAACGUCGACUUUUGAUCGCGGAGAAUUUGAACAGAACUUCGGUGUCGCGAGAUAUCAGAGAUUCAAUCGGUGAAUCGGAUAAAGACCAAUUCGGCUCCAGAAUAGGUCUUCUCGGGGAACGAACGUGUCUGAACGAGAGAUCGUCAUCCAGUAGCAGCAGCUCGAAUCCGCGAUCGCCUCAACCGAACGAACUUUUUUCGAGAAACUCGCAAAUUCCACAACGACAGCUGAGACGAUCGAACAGCACCGACACGAACUGUAGCACAUCCUCGACGCUGACAUCCGGAUCUCAGGCCAGCGCUGAGUCCCUAUCUCGAAGAGUGCUGAAACCGCAAAGCGUGGAGGCUAUAAAUCGGAAGAAUAUUUUAGCGAGCGCCAGAUGUCGGAGUGGAAGGGAUCUGAACGGGUCACCGUUAAUCCAGCGAAAAUUCUCGGAUGACGAGGACAUGGCGAGGACUAUCGAAAACGGCAAUGUUCGUCAAGUAACUAAUGAUUCGGGAAAUGAGUCCGCGAACAAACGAGAAGUCAAUAUAGCUUAUAUAGAGGUCGCGGAUCCUUUCGCAAAGGAUGAGGAAUCUUUUCAGAAGGGAGAAGAAUUGAAGCUGCCACCUAAAAGAAGCAUGCUACCGCCGCCAGCUGUUAGACCGCCGAAGCCCGAAAUGCUAGAACCGUCAAACGAUCUUAAAAUGUGGGUUCGAGCAGAGGCGAAGACUCUAGCGCGAGCCAUGGAAGAAAAAUCAAACAACAAAUACGACAAAUGUCCCUCUGUUGUAGCUCAAACUUUGGAAACGUCGUCUAUAACUCACACGGCAAGAAAGAAUUCACACGACUCCAUGCUUGACGAACCUACUAAUUCAGUAUUGAAUGGUAGUUUGCCUUUAAAAAGUAGAAUCACAAUAAGCGAAGCAAAAGUCGCUACAAUGGAAACUUCAAAAUCACAAAACAGAGCGAGUAUAAGUCCCAGAAGGAACACGGAAGAUCAAAACGAUCUCUUAACAAUCUUAACGACAAAGAGCCGCUCUAGAUCAGCUAUACAUGUCGACGAAGGAACUUUUGGUAGAUCAAAAAGUCAGAUGAGUCUAGAGGAUAUAUUGGCUGCUAAAGCAGAUUCAAAGUUACUCCGCGCGCAAAAUACGGAACCGAAAAUCGAAAAGAAUGGCGUAAUAACAAGCUCGCCGAUAAAAUCUACUUGGGAUUCGAAGGAAGGUCGAUACUGUAGAAGAGGUUCUACUACAUCGAACGAAUCCUGGUCGGAAGAUAGACCUUUCGUUUCGAAGAUACCUACUUUGGGAAAAGUUAGGAACAUCGAUAGCGGCGACGAAAUGUUGGAAAGUGUCGAGAGAACAAGAAGCGCAACAUUGUCGAAGAUUCCGACGUCCCGCGGUCUGAAUCGACGCAGCGCCAGCGUUACAGAUAUGAAGAGAGCUGUAGACGCGAGUCCUGUAAACACCCAGUUGCAACAGUGCACCGGCGGCACUCAUAAUCGAUUUCCAAGCUUAGAUAGCAGUGUGGACGAAAACAUCGGAACGGAAACGGAUGUCGAUAGAUGCUACGGCGAACAAUUUGGCAGUAUCAGCUCGCUAUCCAGCAGUACCAGCUUGAUUUCGCAACAGGAAUUGGCGCAGCUUGUAGAAGAAGCAAGUUUAGAGGAAACGCGCGGUGCCCAUGACGUCAUAGUCGUCCUACUUCACAAGGAAAAUCCUACCGGUAGCGUCGGCAUCACUUUGGCUGGCGGCGCGGAUUGCGAGGUGAAGGAGAUCACGGUUCACCGAGUGCUGACGCAUUCCAUUGCGGACAAGGACGGCCGGGUGCAAAGAAGCGACAGGAUCCUCAGUAUAAACGGUAGAAGUACGCGAAAUCUCACACACAGAGAGAGCAUGGCGGUGUUAAAGCAACCGAGAUCGGAAGUCGUGUUAGUUGUGUCGAGAGCUAGGAUGGAAGAGGACUGCAAACUGAGGUCGCGGACUGCGAGUGUCGAAACCAUCGUCGAAGGAUUAGAGACGAAUGUGGAGGACACAGUGUGGGGGCCACCGUCGACUGUGGCAGUCUACAAAGAUGGAACUAGUUUGGGAUUCAGUUUGGAAGGCGGCAGGGGCAGUCCUCUCGGGGACAGACCUCUGAUUAUCAAGAAGAUAUUCACCGGAGGUGCUGCCGAGAAGACAGGUGCUUUAAAAGCUGGGGAUCAAUUGCUCGAAGUAAACGGUAACGAUGUAACGCGAAUGUCGAGAAUAGAAGCAUGGUCUUUGAUGAAGAAGCUACAUGAUGGUGAAGUAAAUCUCCUAGUCAGGCAUCCUGCCACCAAAUCCUCGUGAAGAGUAAGGAAUUCCGACGCAAACGGGAAUGCAGAAAUGUGCCAAGCAAGCGACUGGAUAAAUUUUCGAUUGAUACUUGUUAAAUAAUGCGGGGCAUGACAGACUUAAAAAGCGUAAAAAAUUAUUAUUCGAGACAUUCUACAUCCGUAUUAUCGCGAGAAAUUAUUCUAUCGAGUUUGCAAAUUUGAAUAAUAUUAAAAAAAGAGAUUAAUUAUUAUCAUCGAUCUUUAAAGAAAAGUUGCUCAUGAUAUUUCUGAGUCAUUUAAACUAUUAAAAGUCUAUAUUCGCUAUUCUAAUACAGUUCCAUAAUUAUAUAUCAUAAAAUAAUAGACGAAUUAUUAAUUAAAAAAAAAAAGAAAAUCGCAAACAGGAUUUGCUUAUUUAUUUUGUGUUUUGAUCGAAUGCCUCGUAGGUAUUAAAUUUUUAGUAGAUACAAUCUUGUAUUUACUAAAUAUGUAAAUAGCAGUAAAAUAGUAUAUUUUCUAAAUAUUAAAUGUAAAUUUGCGAUAUGAUGCAACAUAGUGUGUGUGACGUAAAUGAUAUAUUUUCAUAAAAAUGGAAUUUGUCGUGAAAGAAAGAAGCCUAAUGAAUGCAAAUUUCCAAUUUUGAUUGACAAUACAAAAUACAGUUGCAUUCAAAAUAAUCGCACUGAUUUGAAUAUAAUUGUUGAAUUUAUUACAUUUGUCAUGUAAUUGCAUUGGAGAUUUUGUUGAAAAACAAUAAUAGAGAAAUGUUAAUAUAAUUUUCGUUGACAACGAAGCAUAUAAGAAAUUUCUAAUGCAUGCCAUAUGCAAAAUGAAUAAUAAUAUUACUGGAAUGAAAUAGAUAGAUACAAUAUGUCGUCAAUUAAUCGUCUAGAACAACGUUGAUACGUACGAAUUGUACGACAUUAAUUUCAUAGUGCCGGCCGUGCAGUAAUAGUUCCAGUUAAGAGUUUGCGACAAGCAAAUAAUAACCGAAUAAGUAGUUAAAGUAUGAGCCUGAUCGUAGAUCAGGUUUAUUUUUCUAAUAUCGAUCUUAGCCGACCAUAGCCACCCCGUCGCUUUACUUUAUAGUGGUUCCUGUUGAUUUACUUUAAAAUACGAAACGAUAGAAUAUGUACAUCGUAUAAAAUGGCAACAUCAAAACUGACGCGCCAAUUAAUAGUAUC